GUAGCGUGGCGAGGGCGGACCGUGUGACGUAGAGCCGAGGCUCGGGCUGUUUAUUGUUCCCUCCUCAACACCGACAGAGAAACACGGGCUAACAAGCUGCCAGCUGCCUUUUCACACGGUUCACGGUUGGUUUACGAGGGUGUAACACGCGAGACAGCCGACUGCAUAAACCAGGGGCCAUGGCGUAUGCGUACCUCUUCAAAUACAUCAUCAUUGGAGACACGGGCGUGGGGAAGUCGUGUCUACUACUACAGUUCACAGACAAGAGGUUUCAGCCAGUCCACGAUCUCACCAUCGGUGUGGAGUUUGGAGCGAGGAUGAUCACUAUAGAUGGCAAACAGAUCAAACUGCAAAUCUGGGAUACGGCUGGUCAGGAGUCGUUCCGGUCCAUCACCAGGUCUUACUACAGAGGAGCGGCAGGGGCUCUGCUAGUCUAUGACAUCACAAGAAGGGACACCUUCAACCACUUGACAACCUGGUUAGAGGACGCUCGCCAACAUUCCAACUCCAAUAUGGUCAUCAUGCUCAUUGGCAACAAGAGUGACCUGGAGUCGAGGAGAGAGGUGAAGAAAGAGGAGGGCGAGGCGUUUGCCAGAGAACACGGCCUCAUCUUCAUGGAGACCUCUGCCAAGACUGCAUCUAAUGUCGAGGAGGCCUUCAUCAACACAGCCAAGGAGAUCUAUGAGAAGAUCCAGGAGGGAGUGUUUGAUAUCAACAAUGAGGCUAAUGGUAUCAAGAUUGGACCCCAGCACCCUACCACCAACUCCACGCUUCCCGGCAGCCAGGGAGGCCAACAGGCUGGAGGCGGCUGCUGCUAAAGCCCCGACACACACCCCCUCCUCCUCUCCCUGCCCAACUCUUGUGUUUCUACAGAACUGUUCAGGCUCACUGGCAGUUUGUUCAUCUCUCUCUCUCUCUUUGCUCCAUUUGUUUAGCCAUCCCUCCCUCUGACGGUUUUUCUCUCUUCGUCUUUUAGCCAUGUCUUUGCUUGGUCCCUUGGGCAUAUCUAAGGGUGUUGGGGGGAGGGCUGUGUGCCCCCCAAAACAACCUGACUUUGCACGGUCUUACUAGGACCGGGUCAAGAUGACUAGAUUUUUAUCUCCUUAUUUAAACAUGGCCGACUGGGAAGGAUUUGAUCCCAGCAGUUUGGUUGCCACACCCCUCUAAAGGGUUGAGGAUGUUCCUGUACCUUCACCAACAGGUUCUGUGUAGAGAUGAAACACCCUCUGAACAAGCUGAGUGUGUGUGGGCCCCCCCCGCCCCCCACACACACACACACCUGUACACACCUGUACAUGCUCUGUAGACGAUGACGCAGCACGUGGAUAGCAGGGCCUGUUUCCACAUGUGUCUUCAUGCUGUGUGUAGCUGAGGAAGCACUCAUCUCUCUCUGCAUCGUCUGGCCACAUCAUGACGUUACAUGGGGCCUCCUUUCCCUUUUCUCUCUCUCUCUCUCUCUCUGUGUCCUUCUUUCGUUGACUUGCAUAUAUGAUUUGUAUUUAAUGAACACUACAAACUGGUUGUGGCUUAAAAACAUUUGGAGUGAGGGAGAAUAAAAGAGCAAACUGGGGAUGAAAGGAAAGAAGAGCAGCGAGCUGCCAUUAUGAAGUUGAAGUAAAGAGGAAAGUAGAAUUGAAAUCAAGACUCUUAACUAUAUUUAUCGGGCACGUUUCUGUGUAUAUAUGGCUCUUUAGAUUUCUGUAGCUUUUUGGGGGGGGGGGGCGUAGUGGGGGGGGCUUGUUGUCGACUCAUCAUUUCUUUACCAUUUUAACAACUCAUUUAAACCCGAAGGCGCCCCGUUGCAUUUUUUUUUUUAAAUGUUGAGUAUUGGAUGAUGACGGAGCUGUUAGCGGGUGCUCUGGGGGGGGGGGGGCACGCUGCGUCUCCCUUUUCCAAGCGAGUGAAGACUCUGCCGUCAGAUAUCUAACGCCACUUGGAGCGAUGCAGUGCUUUGCUCUUGUUCUUUUUUUGGUUGUAAUCGGCACCAUUUCAGUGUUUGGCUCAUUAUUUUGCUACUUCGCUUACUUAUUUGUCCAUCCUCCCCCCUUCCCCUCUCUCUGUGGUAACAUUAACUCUAUUCUAUUUUUUAAUGCCAAAUGAUUGUUUACCUGUGUGUCAUCAGAAGAAUCUCGUCGGCCCCUGUAAUGUGUCCUGAAAUCAGCUGCCUGCCUUAACUGCAGCCCCUGAGAGAUUUGGACAGCUGCCCUUCUCCUGGCGCUGUGUAGCUAGCUAGCUAGCUGACGAGAAGGAGAGGUCAUAGGAACACGUUUGUGCGUAUGAAUAGGGGCAUGUGGAAGGACGAUGCCCCCCACCAUCACACACACACACACAUUUAUGUCUGUUGAUCUAACAUAGCCGUCGGGAGCAGUAUGUCCCUCUCUUACUGUUCUUUUAGCGCUUGGAUAUAUUUUGACAUUUAUUCCAUUUCAUUCAGAUGACAAAAUGUAGAGUGUGUGUGUGUGUGUGUGUGUGUGUGUGCACCCAGAGGGGAAGGAUCAAGCCAAACCUGAAGCAUCCAUGGAGCUGUCUAUGGAUGGAACUAGCUAUCUUUUAUCCAUGUGGCCCUCCUCUAUCCCUCUUCCUGCCCCGCCCCCCCUCCUCCCUCCUUCUCUUUGAUGUUAUUUGCUGUUUGUUCUUUGGAAAAAACAAAACAUAAAAAAAUGAAAAAAUGAAAAUGCUAUCACAAUAAACUAUAAUAAAACAUUCUAAACUCUAAA